AUGUUUUUAUCAGUGAGCGGUUCAGGAUUUCACAUGAAUUAUCGUUAAGAAGUUAGACUCCCAAAAUUGCAAGGCCAUAAAGUACAGGCUUACAGUAUGCCUAAGCAUCGACAAUUAAACAGUCCAGAAGAGAAACCGAUAUCUCCUGAUAGGUUUCUUAAGUACCUGAACAAUAAAGUUCAAUCUCAAGCAGGAGUUUACAGAAACCCUGGAGCUGUUCAGUCUUCUAUGAUUUUGAUUGCAAAACAAAUGAAGUUCUGUUCUGAUCAGCAUACUCACAGACAGAAAGAGAAAUCAAUAAAAAUAAUUGAGUAAUCUAAUGAAUAUAAAUACAAUUUGGGAUUGGGAAACAAUCACGAAUUAGUACAAAGAAUUAUGGAUACCAGAGGUGAUUGGUAGUAAACUAAGGAUAACUCAUCCAUGUUUGUUAAUUUUAGAUGGUAAUAAUGGCAUAGAGGUUACAAAUAUGAUAGGUUGAUCUUGAAUAAUUAAUACAAAUAAAUGGUUAAUCAUUUUGAAAAUCAUCCAGAACUCAGCAACAAAUAAUAUCUGUUCAGAAAUCUCUGUUCAUAUUGUGAACAAAACAAAUUAAAUGUAUAUGAUUCAGUCCCAUUAACAUUUGUCUUAGAUUUCAAAGAUGACUCUGUUGACCAGCAAUUCACUUAAUUUGUUAAGUUCUUUGACAAGUAUGCUCCCAAGAAAAUUGAUCAAAUGGCCAAAAAAUUGGUAGAAUACAAGAAGAAAUUAAAAAUUCCAGUCUAACCAAUGAAUGAUAAGAAAAUAUAACCAAUACCCAAUAAAAUACCAAAGACUUAGAAUGGCAAUCAAUAUUUAUGGUUAUUGAAACCCACAUUUUUAAAUAGAGGACAAGGAAUUCAUGUUGUUAAUGAUUUGGAUACUAUCAUAUCACUUAUAUGUGAAUAUCAGGAAGGACAUCAAACUAUAGAAGAUGACGAUGUAAAGAAUAACAAAAAGAAUAAUAAUAUCAAAGCUAAUUCCUUUGUAAUCUAGAAGUACAUUGAAUAACCAUUUCUCAUCAAUCAAAGGAAGUUUGACAUAAGAGUCUGGGUAUUAGUUACCCAGGAUCUUCAUUGUUAUUUUUUUAAAGAAGGCUACAUACGCACAUCUUGUGAAAAUUAUACAACUGAUGAUGUGAGUAAUUAAUUUAUUCAUCUCACAAACAAUGCCAUUUAAAAGUACUCAGACAAAUAUGGAGAGUUUGAAGAUGGUAAUCAACUGUCAUUCGAUGAUUUUUAAAAUUAUCUGAAUCAAUAAGGAUUUAAUAUUGAUUUUUAAUAAAAUAAUGUAGCAAAGAUGAAAUAGCUAGUAUGGAUGUCAAUGCAAUCCGUAAAAAGAAAGUUGAAUCUUCAUUAAAGAAAAUUCUGUAUGGAAAUUUUUGGAUAUGAUUUCAUUAUAGAUCAAGAUUUUAAGACAUGGUUGAUAGAAAUUAAUACAAACCCUUGCAUAGAGGAAUCAAGUGGAAUUUUAAAAAUGUUACUACCAAGAAUGUUGGAUGAUGCUUUUAAAUUAACAAUUGAUGUCAUAUUUCCACCUAAAUAGAAAUUAGAGAUAAAUGAAUCAGUAUUCCCAGUCAAUAAAUACUCUAAUACGGAAUCAUUAUGGUAUUUGUCACAUUUAUAAAAAAGGGAAUCAAUUGGGAAUCUAGACUCCCCUAAACCUGCAGCCAAACAGAGUGCCAUCGUUUUACCAAAUUAGUUAUCUUAACAAACUCAGCAAUAUCAGACAAUCAUACCAAUAUACUAAGGAGAUCUAUGA